GAAGCAGACUGGUUAGGAGAGCAUAAAGGGGGAAAAGAGAAACUUCAAUGGCAAAGUAGAGAAGGGAGAAAACUUAAAAAAUCAGUAAAUGAUCACGGGGCAGGAAAAAGAAAAGAAGAAACAGAAACAACAUGAUGAUCUUUAGAAAUAUCACAGAGAUGACAGUACCAGUAUCGUUGGGUCGGAACUUUUAGAGCAUAAUCCUAAAUUGCUUUCCAAAAUGUUGGACCAGUUUGGAGCAAGUCACUUAACAUUUCAGUGCUUCAGGUAGAUCUCAAAGCCAAUCAUCAUUGUACAUUAAAGCAAAUUCAGAGCUACCCAUGUUGACUUGUUGCUCUGACUUCCUGAAGUGAUUUUACACUGCCCCCUGACUGGCAGGGAACCCAGAAGUAGAAGUCUCUGCCACUUGUACAGAGCUCUUCAAAAACUAUACAUAGAAAAGUGAACUCAUUGACUAUUUGGUCCACCCAUCUCUACUUCGAUGCGCACAGAUCCAGAGAAUCCACGCAGAAAAACUUUGGCUCCUAUGGAUAACCAUAUCAGAUCUUCGGCUAACAUUGGUCUUCCACUCAACCUGAUUAACCAGCAUGCAUCAUGGCCAGCUUAUGUCACUUAUACAUCCCCAAGUGUCAACAGACUUAUUGAGCAAGAAAGACUGAAACAGUCAGAAUACUACAACUUCAGUCAGGAAGACAGAGGAGAAUCAAACCACAACAUUCAACCAGGAUUCAUCUACCUUUCAAGAAAGCCUGCCAACUUUUCUGCUGAUGCUUCUUAUAAGGAGCAUCCCACAACAUCAGUUCUGGAAAGCCACUCCCCAUUGGCAGCUCCGCUGCCUGAUUUACAUGUGAAUGGUGCAAUUCCCCAGACAGCUUCAAGAGGAGAUCCCACUGACGCUUGCAACAAACUCAUUUAUUCCCAAAAACCUAUGAUGCGCAUUUUCGUGUAUGGUGCCCUGCCAGAUGACACGGAGAGAAAAACAAAUGUUCAUUAGACAUCAUGUUUUCUGUAGGCCACCCCUACCAGCUUAAUACUGCUUUUAAGUUCUCUCUUCAA